UUGUCAGAGCUCAACCAGAAGGCACUAGAUAAUUUCCGUCGGCUUAACCAUCGACCAUCGUUCAAGAACUCCACAAGCGCCUGUUAUGGGAACCAGACGUUGAUGAGAAAGGAAUGGAGGACCCUCUCAGUCCCGGAACGCAAGUCAUUCAUCGCAGCUGUCCAGUGUAUCAUGAAGAAGCCAGUGUUAUCAGAUCGCAAGAGGGUCCCCAUGGCGAAGUCGCUCUACGAUGACUUUGUGGCUGUUCACUACACCAGCUUCAGGAAUACUCAUCUGACGGCCUCGUUCUUUGCUUGGCAUCGAUAUUACCUGGGCACCUUCGAGCAGAAGCUGCGUGCCGACUGCGGGUACAAAGGAGCCCUCCCAUAUUGGGAAUGGGGUCUCGACAUCAAGAACCCAGCUGCGUCGCCAGUUUUCGACGGGUCCGACACAUCCCUCGGGAGCGACGGCGCCUUUAUUCCACACGACGGACUUCGUCUACGUCAACCAUUCUCCAACAAUCUCAUCGUUCUCGAACCCGGCUCAGGUGGCGGUUGUGUCAAAUCAGGGCCUUUCGCCAACAUGACAGUCCACAUCGGCCCGGCGGCUCUGGCGCAGUACGGCACCGACAAGCCCUUUAACGUCUCGAAACCCCUCGAAGACCUCCCACGGUGUCUGAAGAGGGAUUUGAACAGUUUCGUGGCAUCCAAGUACUGCUCGUUUCGCAACACAACCACGCUCAUCACGGAGCAGAAGACCAUCGAGAAGUUUUCGGCGCUACUUCAGGGCGACGACAGAUUCUUCCCGAACACCCUAGGUGUUCAUGGCGGAGGCCACUUUAUCAUCGGCGGAGACCCCGGGGCGGAUGGAUUAAUAGCCCCUGGCGACCCGGCGUUCUGGGUCCAUCAAGCGCAGGUCGAUCGCGUGUAUUGGAUCUGGCAGAACCUGGACUUUGCUAAUCGGCAGGGCGUGUUCGGGACAUUCACGUUGCAGGACAACCCACCAAGUCCCAAUGGUAGUGUUGACGACCUGAUCGACCUCACUCCGAUCAACACGCCUGUCAAGAUUAAAGACCUUAUGAACACAGGAGCAGGAACGCCGUUGUGCUACUUGUACUUAUAG